AUGGAGGCACUGAUAGAGUAUAAGGAGAGUGUGAAGGAGCAAUUGGAGAAUGCAGAUCUUCUGAUAACGAAAUUGGUUAAUGAGAAUUCGACUUUGAACGAGAAGCUUAGGGUUAAAGAUGAUAGAAUUUCAAAUCUAGAGAACGAAAUUGCUAACUUAAAACAGCAAGUAGUCAAGACACAACAACAGCUGAAGGAUAAAGCUGAGAAUAUAGACGUGAUAAAGGAUCUUUUCGAGCAUCUCUGCGGUGUUCGAGUACACAAAUCGUAUGAAGACGAUACGGGUCUCUGGUUCGAUACAUCGCAAGGAAGUAAGAAAGGCAUAAUGGAUUACAAACUGGGAUUUGUGAAAGGUGAGAAUGCCUCGACCGAGGUUAUCUACGUACCAUUGCUGAAGCAACGGUCUACAGAGGAAUUAAAGACGUUACAGGGACAAUUGCCCAGCUAUAUGUUCGAUACCUUGUCAUUCCCACUAAAUUCUUUGAACCAAUUCUACAUAAAACUAUCAAAAUGCUUAAAUAAAAGUAAACAAUAA